AUGAUUUCAAUUGACCAUAUACCCAAGUACAAACUCCAAGUGUCCAAAUCUGAACAGGAUGUCUUUGCAUUAGCAAAGACUUAUUUUGAUUGUAAAGAAUUUGAUAGAUGUGCUCAUGUUUUGAAAAAUUGUAAAAGUCAAGAUGUUUUAUUCAUACGACUUUAUGCAAUGUUUUUAUCUGGUGAAAAGAAGAAGGAAGAGGAAAGUGAAGGUGUUUUGGGACUGCAUGAUCAUAGUUCUGUAAACACUUCAGUUUCAUUAAUCUUAAAAGAAUUGGAAUCAAUAUUAGAACAAGAACCUAAUGGGUUGAAAAGUCCUUUUUUAAACUGGUUACAUGGUGUGGUGUUGGUUAAACAUAAAUCAAUGGCGGCUGCUAAAGAUGCAUUCAUUAGAAGUUUGGCUCAAUAUCCUUAUAACUGGAGUUGUUGGGCUGAGUUAUUGUUUUGCUUACCUACUUUUGGUGAAGGUAUGGAUGUGUUGAGUUCUUUAGAAUUACAAUUUCAAGAUAAUUUUGCAGAAUUAAUAAUGUUAAAAUUUGCUAAAGUUGUUAUAAAUCAACAAUGCUUCCAACAAACAGCAGAAUUGAAAACAAUGUUGGAUUCAUUGAUUGUUAAAUUCCCCAAAUUUUCAUUUUUGAAAACUCAACAUGCAUUAAUUUGUUAUCAUGCAUUGAAAUAUAAUAUUGCUGAGGAAUUAUUUGAUGAAAUUUUGGUUAAUGAUCCCUUAAGAUUAGAUGAAAUGGAUAUUUACUCCAAUAUCUUGUAUGUUAUGGAUAAAAGAUCUAAAUUAGCAUUCUUGGCUCAAUUUGCUUGCGCAAUUGAUAAAUUUAGACCAGAGACAUGUUGUAUUGUGGCCAAUUAUUAUUCAAUGAAAUUUGAACAUGAAAAGGCAAUAAUGUAUUAUAGAAGAGCUUUAACAUUGAAUAGAAAUUCUUUAUCUGCUUGGACAUUAAUGGGUCAUGAAUUUGUGGAAUUGAAGAAUACUCAUGCUGCUAUUGAAUCUUAUAGACGUGCUGUCGAUACAAAUUAUAAAGAUUUUAAAGCAUGGUAUGGGUUAGGUCAAGCUUAUGAAAUAUUAGAUAUGCAUCUGUACUCAUUAUACUAUUAUCAAAAGGCUGCAUCAUUGAAUCCAUUAGAUCAAAGAGUCUGGGAAGCUUUAGGAAAUUGUUAUGAAAAAUUGGAUAAAAUACGGGAUUCCAUUACAUGUUAUCAAAAAGCAAUUAAUUUGAAUGAAGUUAAGAAUGUAUCACAUUUAUACAAAUUAGCACUAUUGUAUGAAAAAUUACAGGAUCCCGCAAAGACUUAUGACUACAUGUUUCAAUGUUAUCAAGAGGAGAUCAAUGAAGGGGUUCGUAAUGAUGAAACUGCAAAAGCUAGAUUAUGGCUAGCUAAAUAUGAAACUAGAAAUCAAAAUUGGGAAGCGGCUCAUAAAUAUGCAGUUGACUUGACACAUGGAACAGGUCAAGAAAUUGAAGAAGCAAGAGCUGUAGCAAGAGAAACUCGAAAUAGGAUAAAUCUUCAAUAA